GUACUUGCAAAAUUUUCAGGCCUACGCAAUACGCAGAGCUUCUAUCGAGACUCAAGAGUCAGCUGAAACCCCGUAUCCCGUCUCUCCAGCAGCUUUCUUACGCCAAUUCCAAUUGCAAUUCCUCCUUCAUUCAAAGGAGCGACGCACCACAAAUUGGCAACUGUGAGUGGCGAAGUACCUUUCUCUCUCCUCAAUCCUCAUUCUCUCUUCUACAGUCAGUAAUUGCUCGCACUUAGAAGAAGAAGAUGACAGAAGUAGCGAGCUCGGUGGUACACGAAGUGUUGGGAAAAAGAGCUCAAGAAUUAGACGAUCCUAUUCUCGAUUACAUCGUCAAUGUCCUCGCCGAUGAAGACUUUGAUUUCGGCUCUGAAGGUGACGGCGUUUUCGACGCUCUCGGUGAACUCCUCGUUGAUUCUGGUUGCGUCUCCGAUUUCUCCGAGUGUCGCUCGGUAUGUGGCAAAUUAUGCGAUAAAUUCGGGAAGCAGGGUUUAGUCAAGCCAAAACCGGCUGUAAGAAGUCUAGCAGCACCAGUGAGGAUGUUUGAUGGGAUGGAUGAAGAAGUGGUGCCAAAGAAGAAGGUUGAGGAGAUAGAUGGCCCUCUAUUGACUGAGCGUGAUAAAAUGAAGAUUGAAAGAAGAAAAAGAAAGGAUGAGCGCCAAAGAGAGGCUCAAUACCUAAAGCACGUGGAAGAAAUGGAAGCUGUCAGAGCAGGAAUGCCUGUUGUAUGUGUAGAUCAUGGGCAAGAUACUGGUGGACCUUCCAUCAGGGAUAUCCAUUUAGAUGGUUUUAGUGUAUCUGUUGGAGGCCGGGAGCUCAUUGUAGAUGGUUCAGUGACUCUUUCUUUUGGGAGACACUUUGGACUUAUUGGAAGAAAUGGUACAGGGAAAACUACAUUCCUCAGGCACCUGGCCUUAAAGGCCAUUGAUGGUAUCCCGAAGAAUUGUCAAAUACUUCACGUGGAGCAAGAAGUGGUGGGUGAUGACACAACAGCCUUGCAAUGUGUGCUUAACUCUGAUAUGGAACGAACCCAACUUUUGGAAGAAGAAGCUCGCUUAUUAGCCUUGCAGAAAGAAUUUGAGCUUGAAGGUUCAGAUGAGAAAAACAACGGUCAAUUGAAUGGAGAUGUUGACAAAGAUGCCAUCGUGCAAAGGCUGCAAGAGAUAUACAAAAGACUUGAACUCAUUGAUGCAGAUUCUGCGGAGGCCCGAGCAGCUUCUAUUCUUGCGGGUCUUAGUUUCUCACCGGAGAUGCAGCACAAGGCAACAAAAACCUUUUCGGGAGGAUGGCGAAUGCGUAUCGCUCUUGCACGUGCUUUGUUUAUAGAGCCUGAUCUAUUGCUUCUUGACGAACCGACAAACCAUCUUGAUCUACAUGCUGUGCUGUGGUUGGAGACUUACUUAUUGAAGUGGCCCAAAACAUUUAUAGUUGUGUCUCAUGCCAGAGAGUUCUUGAAUACGGUUGUCACUGAUAUCAUUCAUCUACAAGGGCAGAAACUGACGACAUAUAAAGGGAAUUAUGACACAUUUGAAAGAACAAGAGAGGAACAAAUGAAGAAUCAAAUGAAAGCAUUUGAGGCUAAUGAAAAAUCUAGGGCACAUAUGCAGAAUUUCAUUGACAAGUUCCGUUACAACGCAAAGCGUGCAUCUCUUGUUCAAUCUAGAAUCAAGGCACUGGACCGCAUGGGUUUUGUGGAUGCGGUAGUUAAUGAUCCUGAUUACAAGUUUGAGUUCCCAACGCCAGAUGACCGACCAGGCCCUCCUAUCAUAAGUUUUAGUGAUGCAUCAUUUGGUUAUCCUGGCGGGCCAACAUUAUUCAAGAACUUAAACUUUGGGAUUGAUCUGGACAGCCGUAUUGCAAUGGUUGGUCCUAAUGGUAUUGGUAAGUCCACUAUACUCAAUCUGAUUGCUGGGGAACUGCAGCCAAGCUCAGGAACUGUUUUCCGCUCAGCCAAGGUCCGUAUUGCUGUAUUUAGUCAACACCAUGUUGAUGGAUUGGACCUGUCUUCUAAUCCUCUUCUCUAUAUGAUGCGCUGCUUCCCGGGUGUGCCUGAACAGAAGUUGAGAGGUCAUUUGGGUUCAUUUGGCAUAACUGGAAAUCUUGCGCUCCAGCCUAUGUACACUUUAUCUGGUGGACAAAAAAGCAGAGUAGCAUUUGCAAAGAUUACUUUCAAGAAGCCACAUUUAUUGUUGCUGGACGAGCCAUCAAAUCAUCUUGAUUUGGAUGCUGUGGAAGCACUUAUUCAGGGUCUUGUUAUGUUCCAAGGAGGAAUACUGAUGGUCAGUCACGAUGAACACUUAAUAUCGAACAGUGUGGAUGAGCUGUGGGCAGUUUCUGAUGGCAUAGUGACACCUUUCCGUGGAACUUUCCAAGAUUAUAAAAAAUUACUUCAUUCAUCUUAAAUUGAGUCACUGAUCUGUCAUCAGAACACGAGCUUUUACAUAGUGGGCAUAGGUUAUCGCAGGUUCGAAACUACAAAAAUGUUUGAUACUAUGUCAAAACAUGCCCUAAAGUACAAUUUUUGUUCAUGCUGGGUACUGUAGAAUGAAGUAAUUAUUAUUACUAUACUACAAGCACUGAUAAGUUAUCAUUGGUCUCAAGGUAGGAGUCUUAUUAUGUAACAAGCAAACAUAUUGAAUUUAAAGGAAGCAUAUUUAUUUUCUUCA